GCGCCCAGGCAAGGCAUGGGAGAUGAAGUGAGGUCUCAACAUCGGUAGUGCAUUGGCUUGGGGAGCAUGGAUUAUAAUGUUGUCCAGACAUACAGGAGAAAAUUAUUCAAAAUGUUGACGGACAGUUGUGUUUAAUGAGUUGUCCUUCCUGGUACUAAUGGCUGAUAGCACUGAGUGGCAUUCUGUACGGCGCGGCAGAGGAGGAGCCCGCAGAGGAAAACUUUCCCAGCCGGAGAAGCCACGACCUGACGAGUCUGUGGACCGAGCCCGGGACAGACGCAGGAUAACAGAGGCCAUCAUGACAGGAAAUGUCUGCUGCACUCAGAGUCUGCUUGUAGAAGAUGUAAACAAUGAGCUGAGGUGUGAAGACUUCUGGACGGAAUGGAAAGAGAUCAUGUCUGGCUGCUUGGCUGACACUGUAGAUAAAACAGUUGAAGGACCUGAUUGCUUCAUGGAGUGUGUAUGUUAUGGUCUGGGCAACUUUUCCUCCUCCGUGUCUGCUAGAUAUCAGCUUGCCAUGUUGCUACUGCUGUUGGAUGCAUUGCAGAUCGCUGUGGGCCGCUGCAGCCUGUAUGACCCUGUGUUUACAGUGUCAGAAUGUGAAACUCUCAGAGAGUUGGGCUUUACUGUGCUGAGUGAAAAUGAGGAAGGGAAGCGAGCAGUACACCACCCCACCCUCUUCUACCUGAUGCAUUGUGGAAAAGCUUUGUACAACAAUCUGCUGUGGAAGAAUUGGAGUCCUCAGAUCCUACCAAAGGUCAUUGUUCUUGGCAACAGCUUUCUUGGCAUUCAGGAGCGGAUGCUUCAGAGAGAGCUUGAAAGAGACUACCGUUUUCUUUCUGAUGUAAUAGAUGUGUGUGAGGAGACAAGCCUACCCUGCUCACAGCGGUUCUUAGAUGUGUUUAAUGAUACUGCCAUAAUCCGUUUCCCUUCACACAAGCUUCAUAAACUUCCAGAAUCAAUCUGGAAUGAGCCUUCAGAGCCUCAGUAUGAGCACUGCCAAGAUCUGGAGAUCAUCCAGAGAGAACCAAAAUAAAGAUGACAAGUGUGCAUAUCA